AUGAAUUUUAUCCUCUACCUGCUUGUCAUUAUCUCCUGGGUUACAACUGUCGGAUGUAGUUUGGUUAUUAGUGCUGGUGAUGCUGGUUCAACGGUACGCGAUGACAGUAUCGGAUUUACAGGCCAAAUUCCAGACUUGUCAGCAAGAAUUGAAGUAAAAAACGGGAUCUUUGACAAAUAA